UGGACGGAAACAGUACCCGGACCAACAAGCUAACGCAACAAUGCUUUUCUACUCGUUUUUCAAGUCGCUGGUUGGGAAGGACGUGGUGGUGGAGCUCAAAAAUGACUUGAGCAUCUGCGGAACGCUCCAUUCUGUUGACCAGUACCUGAACAUUAAGCUGACAGACAUCAGCGUCACCGACCCAGAAAAAUAUCCUCACAUGCUGUCGGUGAAAAACUGCUUCAUCCGAGGGUCGGUGGUCCGAUACGUGCAGCUGCCGGCCGACGAGGUGGACACUCAGCUGCUGCAGGACGCUGCGAGAAAAGAAGCCAUGCAGCAGAAGCAGUGAUGGGGGGUCGGAGGGUCCGGGGUGGUUCUAACGGGGAGUUUGGGUUUGGAGAGAACUUCAUUUAGUUGUUUUUGUUUCUGUGCAGCGCAGURAUUAGCUUCAGUAAUUGAGCAGCAGUGAUGGAUGACGCUGCUCCUCGCAGGACCAUUUGAUUUGAUUCUGACUUUUUGUUGCAAAAGAAUCGAAACAAAUUUAGUUUGAAGAGUCCGGAGAGAAGAAAACAUCCUGUUGUUGUUUAUGUUGACAACUAGUGUUUCUGUUAAAACCUGUUUUUUUUUUUAUGUCACCUAAAAAUAAAAGUUAUUUAUAUUUUGA